GGCAAGCUGCAUCCCUCUCCGCCACACAGAUUUGACUACUGUCAGAAGAAACAACACACAAAAAAGUUUUACAGCUGAGCCGAGCGCCGGAGUAGAGAGCUGCAGACUGAUCCCAGACCCGAUCUGAGGGAGGCGGGUUACCACUGGCAAGUUGCAGAAGAUACCUCCAGACUUCAGGCUUUUCCUCCUGGUUUGAAAAGAGAAUCACCAUGGCUGACAGUUUUGACUGUGACAACUGCAAGGAGUCCUUGUAUGGACGGAAGUACAUCCAGUCAGACAACAGUCCAUACUGCAUCCCCUGUUACGACAGCCGGUUCUCAAACACAUGCGAUGAGUGCAAAGAGCUGAUCGGCCAUGACGCUAGGGAGCUCUUCUACGAGGACCGGCAUUAUCACGAGCACUGCUUCCGCUGUUUCCGCUGCGAUCGCUCGUUGGCAGAUGAGCCGUUCACCAGCCAGGAUGAGGCGCUGCUCUGCAACGACUGCUACUGUAAUGAGUUCUCCUCCAAGUGUGUGGCCUGCGACAAAGUCGUCAUGCCAGGUACGAGGAAGUUGGAGUACGCCGGCUCUACAUGGCACGAGGCCUGCUUCAUCUGUCACAGCUGCGAACAGCCAAUCGGCUCAAAGUCUUUCAUCCCUGACAAGGAUGAGCACUACUGCGUGACCUGCUAUGAGGACAAGUUCGCCCCGCGCUGCACACGCUGUAAAAAGACCCUGGCUAAAGGUGGUGUGACCUAUCGGGACGAGCCGUGGCACAAGGAGUGUUUUGUGUGCACCAGCUGCAAGACACAGCUGGCGGGUCAACACUUCACCUCCCGAGACGAGAGCCCUUACUGCCUCAAGUGCUUCGGCAGCCUGUAUGCCAAGAAGUGCGAGGCCUGCAGCAAACCAAUCACAGGCUUCGGAGGAGGAAAGUACAUCUCGUUUGAGGAGCGCCAGUGGCAUCAGCCGUGCUUCACCUGCUCCCAGUGCUCCGCUUCACUGGUGGGCGCCGGCUUUUUCCCAGAUGGCGACAGGAUCCUGUGCCGCGACUGCAACACCAACCUAUAGAGCAGUCAUUUACCGCAUUCUCACCCAAUCCCUUGACUUACCUUUCACCCCUUCAUCGCAGCAUUUCAAGACCCCAAGUCAUUACCGAGGAAGGUAACGCAGGAUAACAAAUGCUGCCCUCUCAGGUUGUUUGUAUAAAAAGAGAUCCGUUACUUGUGGUCCCUGAUUUUCAUCCAGGAGUUAAUGCUGCAUUGUUUGAAUGAACCACCACAAAGAUUUCCUCUUUAACAAAAAAAGUUCAUAAGUUUAUGGAGUGCCUUAAGAAUAACAGUACUUGUAUGUAAUGUACUAUUGAACCAAAGAAACGCAAAAUGCUAGUCACUUUGCAAAAAAAUCGGUCAUAUUUUAUAUAAAAUAGUUGGCACCUCAGGUAGAGAUCAGGCUCUGAGGAAAACACAAAGAACACUGCUACAGUAUCGUAAACCUCACAGUCUGUAUUUCAAAGUAUGGUGGAGGUACUGUUUGUAAGUUUUAAUGUUCUUUAACUGCAGUUUUGAAUUUUUGCAAUUUGAAUAUGUCAAUGAGUAAAACCAAGGAGAAAACAUGGAAAAGCUUUGCUAAUUAUGCUUACAGUAAGGUAGUCAGUUUAUGGUAGUUGUGAUCAUUAAAGUCCUUUGCACUUUUGAUACGAUAUUCUCUUGCUACCAUGUUAUGUGCACAUAAAAACACAACUAAAAAACAUGGCACACAGACCACUUUUUUGUUAUCUGUAUUUGCUUUUGUUGAACAAUGAUACAUAAAUACUCAUCUUAUUUCUCUCUUUUUUCAUUUGUUGUAAUAAAUCUUGUUUUUUUUAUCACCGUUGCUCAAAGAGCCAGCAUUUAACCCCAAAGAAGCUGAAAUUAAAUGCCGUUGUGUAUUGCAGGAGUAUGCAUGCCAUGAUUUGCGUCAGUAAUUAUUUUGUUGCUCUAAACACUGUUAGUGUUUUGUUUUUUCAUUGUUAGUUUGUAUCAAAAGUGCCUGUGUUUCAUUAUUUCAGCUUUGAUGCUGGUGAGUCAGAGUUGGCAAAUAUACAAUUUAAAAUGGAAAAAUACGACAUUGAGGCGAAAACAGUAUGAACCUACUGUUCAAAAAAAAGGAUGAUAAUUGAUAUGGCUAAAUACUACAUGUUUAGUUUAAUUUGUGAAGUUUUAUUAAAUAAAUGUACACUGACUAAUCUUUUCUGGGCAGUUUUUACAUUCUGUGUGUAUUUGUGGUUACAGCGAAAUAUCCAUUACUGGUUUAUGAGGUCGUAGCUUUCUGUGGACUUGUGUUUACUGUCUAAGCCGGAGAAAACCCUUCUGGUGUGUUGAAGAAAUCUUUCUAGGAAAGAUCAGUGUGUGUGUGUGAGUGUGUGAGAGUGAGAGAGAGAUUGAGUGCACCGGGGGAAGGGCAUAAAACUGUGUGACAAAAGUGUUAGAGAGAGAAACCAUGUG